AUGUCCGUGGCCAGAGCCAAGAAAGUGAAGAUGGCCACCAAGUCCUGUCCGCAGUGCGACCAACAGGUUCCUGUGGCCUGCAAGUCCUGUCCCUGUGGAUACAUAUUUAUUAGUAGAAAACUUCUACACGCCAGACAGAUGGAGCGGAUACACCCCACGUCAGAGAACCGAUCCGAUCCUAAAAGAAGGCGGACAGAAAGGAUAAAAAGAGAGCGGAUCAUCUCUACAGUCAGUAGAGACCUGGAGAACAGGCGGCGGUCGAGAUCCAAUAGCCAAUCGGAAGCAGUGCGCCGAGGCAGAGGGCGGCCAAAAACGGCUACAUCAAAGAAACAGGAAGAGGAGAAAGCUGGAAGCCUCAAGGAGACCGGAGUUGACAGACCGUCAGCAGGGAGCAGCGACGAAUCCAGAUCAUUGAGAGCAGACCGCGGGAGUAGGAGGCAGCAGGGGAUGGGAGAAGAAAAACAAGAGAAAGAAGUGGACAUGUAUGCCAACCUCUCUGAUGAAAAAGCAUUUGUGUUUUCCGUUGCACUAGCAGAAAUUAACCGGAAAAUCAUCAAUCAAAGACUUAUUUUGUGA